UUUGAUAACCGUAAACGUAAUAAUUAAAAACUAGACAAGGUCACAGUUAGAUAACCGGAAAAUUACCUUUUGAUAUCAUUUUUUCGUGUAGUGCAUUAAACAUGUUCAGAAGAAGUGGAAGAACUGAAAACAAGAUGGGUUUGGGUGGUGAUAACUCCGUAGAAGAAUACAUUUGCAAAUUGAACGAUACCGAUAAAAAACGAGCUUUAGAUGAACUCAGGGAAGAUGAUAACAUCAGGGAGCAAUCACUGGCGCAAAUGAGAGACUGGAUCAACAAACAUCCCAACAUCAAGAAAUGCAGAACAGAUGCACCGUUCCUGUUGCGUUUCCUGCGCACGAAAAAAUUCAGUGUACCGCAAUCCUGCGAAAUGUUGGAACGCUACCUCAUCAUCCGCCAGAUCUACCCGCAAUGGUUUAGAAAUUUGGACUGUGAUGACAAGGACUUGGCUGAAAUCAUUAAUGCUGGGUACUUGGUGCCAAUGCUGGACCGAGACCAAGGAAGAUUGGUGCUCUUCAGCUGCGCGGGUAAAUUUGACCCCCACAAAUUCACCUCCGCCCAUAUGAUCAAGGUCCACAGUUUAGUCACGGAGGCUCUGAUGGACGACGAAAUUAAUCAAAUCAACGGGUACACUUACGUGAACGAUGAGAGUGGCUUUUCCAUGUCUCAUAUCUCCCUUUGGUCUCUCACUGAUGUUAGGAAUAUCUUAAGAUGCAUCCAAAACACCACUCCAAUGAGGCAUAAGGCUAACCAUUUCUUGAACAUCUCUCCUACUGCUAUUAAGUUAAUCGAAUUUGCUAUUUCGCUGCUCAAUGAGAAAUUGAAGAGCAGAAUUUUCAUAUAUAAAAAUAUAGAAGAAAUGUAUGAAAAAAUAGACAAGAAAAUUUUGCCCAAAGAAUAUGGUGGUGAAGUUCCUUUAUCCGAAAUGUUGGAGAAGUUUAAAGCAUAUCUAAAGGAAAAACGUGAGAAAAUCUUGGCUCUAGAUGACAUGUAUAUUGAAAUUGAUGAAAAAUCUUGUCCAUUGGUCUCCGAAAUGAACGAAGAACUUGGAAUUGGUAUCGAUGGCAGUUUUAAGAAGUUAACAGUUGAUUAAUCUAGUCUUAAUUUAGAGAUUAAUUUAAAGUGCACCUAUUUGUAAAUAAUAGAAUUUGCUUUUCAUUUUGUUCAUUACAAGAAUUGAAUAAUAAGUUCAUUUCUUCUUUAUUAAAGAUACGAUUAUUUUUGUUACAUAUUUAAUAUUUAAUGUUUUGAUUAUGCAAUAACUUAUCGUAGGUAAGUAUAUGUGAUUUUGCUUUAAUAAUACUUAUUGUUAGUGGAUAUUCGCAUAAUUGUGAUAGUAUUAGUGCAAAUUUCCGCAAUCACUUUCGGAAAUUAUUUAGGUAUCUAUUCAUUAAAGAAUGUUUGUGUUUGUAUUUCUCAUAUUGUUAUACAUAGAUUUUUUGUUGUCCAUGGUGGAAUUAAGUUACCUUUAUUGUUUUAGUUAUUAGGUCAGCACUUGUGUUAUGGUUUUCGUCACAUUGUUUUUUGUUAAUUUUUGUACUUAAGUUUUGUAGCACCUAUUAUAAAAUUUAUGCAUA